UCGCAGCUUCAGGGUCCCGCAACUUCCAACAACCUCAUCCUCUCCCCACCCACCAGCCAUCCUCUCGCGCCUCUCCGACGCCUCCUCUUCCGUCUGGAGCAGCACUAUCCUCGCUCAUUUCACCCAUUUCUCACGGCCUGCAGCGCCCGUCCGCAGCCAGGCUGUUCCUGCACCGUUACGUCGCUGCGUGGCCCCUCUUGCCUCCUACCCCUCGACCUGAACAGCGCCCUACUGCUUCCACCCCGAUUCUCACUUGACUGACACGUCGGGUAUCGCCUCUUGCGCACCGAGAGAGCUUGCUGACUGCGUCUGCGCUGUACGGAAUGGGAUCGAUCGUGGUCAGCGACGUUGGUGGGCACCACUUUCACAACACCAUGUUUGGCGGCGCCGGCGCCCAUCAAACCACGCAGGAGUCGCCCGCCGUACACCACGUCCCAGUCCGGCCGUCUUCCCAACUCGAAGGGCGCCACGCGUUGCGAGGAGUACAGCCCGCCGACACCCAUAUGGCCGAUGCCGCACCAGCAUCAGUUGCACAGCACCGCUCAUCGGCGCAACAUGGCGACGACUCUAGCUCACACCAACGUUCACAAAUGCCUUCGGCGAAGUCCCGUCCGACCACGUCGCAGCACUCAACUCCAGCGCCUACCUCCUAUCAUACCCCCAAUGUCACCUCUCAUUCUCAUCAUCUAUCAUCUUCGUCCACGCCCUCGGCUCACCCAUCUCCUCUACCAUCUUCCAGAAUCACCCUAGGUCCUGCCGCACCUUCGCCGCGGCGGAUCAAAGUCAAGAGCUUGUCGCAUAUACAGAGCUUGGCGGCCGAUGAAUCAACACGCUCCCUAUCUCGCCGGCAAAGGCGAGAUCCUGCCGACGUUGGGCCGCAAUACGAGAUCAGUGAAAUGCCCGUGACCGACAUUAUUGAAAUGGUUGCUGGACUGCUGACAAAGAUCACGACCACUAACGACAAGCAACAUGAGCAUCUACACCGGCACAUUCCACCGCCCGAGGGCAGCUCAGGUUUGAGCGAACAAACCACCAGCGUUUUAGCCUUCCAUGGCAAGAACGUGCCCAGCAUCACCAUCCUGAACUAUCUCAGUCGUAUCCACAAGUACUGCCCUACGACCUAUGAAGUCUUUCUCAGUCUGCUCGUCUACUUUGACAGAAUGACAGAAAGGGUCAAUGCAGGCCCCAUGCAAAGCUUGCGUCAAGCCAAUCGACGGUCACUCGAAAGACACGCCACUGCGAACGAACCGAGUUCCGGACGUACAUCGCCUGCCGAAGCAACUGCGCCGCAAGAGUCCUCCGCUAGUAUUCAGACUGCUACUCCGCCUCCGUCCGGCUCUCUAGGCCAUUCACAGGGGGCCGGGCCUCAGGAGAAUCAGCCUCAGCCACCUUCUCCGCCUCAGCACAUGGACCCGCCCCUUGAACCGGAUCCGUACAGCCUUUCUCAGUUCUUCGUCGUCGACAGCUACAACAUACAUCGCCUCGUCAUUGCAGGAGUCACGUGUGCCAGCAAGUUCUUUUCUGACGUGUUUUAUACCAAUUCGAGAUACGCAAAGGUUGGGGGACUUCCGCUCGUUGAACUCAAUCAUCUCGAACUCCAAUUUCUGCUCCUGAACGACUUCCGCCUCGCGGUGCCCUUGGAAGAGAUGGAAGCGUAUGGAACGAUGCUGGUUGAGUUCUAUGCGAGAGAAAUCGCAAAGCAAAACGAGCGGCCGGCAGGCGACCGUGGGCAUGCACACAGCAGCGUGGCUGCUUGAAUCAAACGACACGAUGCGCAUUCCCCUGAUGGAUGCGCGAUAUAGGGUGUAGACAUGUAUUGCAUGAGGAUAUGGUGGUUCGAG